AUGUCAAAUAAAGUGAAUGGUAUGAUUUUGGAUUCUACAACUAAUCAAACACAAUUGGCCUCUCAACUUCAUGCAUAUGAUGAGGUAACAAAAAGCGCAACUGCAAAUUCCAAAGUGAUGAGACGAGCAUCUAAGCCAUGGUCAGAGAAUGGAACCACCGCUUUAAAGAAUCACAUGAAUUCUUGUAAAAAGGUUCCUCGUGUUAGUGGGGAUGAUGGUACUCAAACAGAAUUGGUGUUGCCGUCAGGAGGUGUGGAAUCUUUAGGCACUUGGAAAUUUAAUCAAGAUGCUGUUAGAAAAGCUGUAGCUAAAAUGAUCAUUCUGAAUGAGUUACCAUUUAGAUUUAUGGAGUCGGAAGGAUUUAGGCAUUGCAUAUCAGUUGCAUGUCCUAGAUUUCAUGUACCGUCACGAUGGACAGUUGCUAGGGAUUGCUAUCAGCUUUAUAUUGAUGAAAAGACUCAUUUGAAGCAAUUCAUGAAAUCAUCUUUUACAAGAGUAUCUCUUACCACUGAUACAUGGACCUCAUUACAAAGGGCGGUUGAAAAAUGUUUGCGUGAUUGGGGGAUUGAUAAGACUUUUACUGUUAUAGUUGAUAAUGCUAGUUCUAAUGAUGUUGCAAUUGCAUAUUUGAGGAAAAAAUUUAACAAUGCUGGAACUAGUAUUUUGGGAGACAAAUAUCUUCAUUUGAGAUGCAUUGCACAUAUUGUUAAUCUUAUUGUUUGUGAUGGAUUGAAGGAAAUGAAUGAAACAAUUGCUCGUGUUAAAGGGGCAAUAAGAUAUGUGAGACAAUCACCUUCCAGGUUAGCUAAGUUUAAAGAGUGUAUUGUGAAUGAACAUAUUCAAAGUAAAAGUUUAUUGUGUUUGGAUGUUAGCACUAGAUUGAAUUCUACUUAUUUGAUGUUGGAUGCAGCUCAAAAGUUUGAAAAGGCAUUUGAUGCCUUUGAUGAUGUUGAUCUUUAUUAUAGAAGUGAGCUUUUGAUGAGAGAUGGGGUACCCGAUCAAAAUGAUUGGGCAAUUGUUAGGAAGUUUUGCCUUUUCUUGCAACAAUUUUAUGAUCUCACCGUGAAAGUUUCAGGUACUUCUUACGUCACAUCUAAUACUUUUCUUGAUGAUAUAUGUGAUGUUUAUUCCACUUUGUGA